AUGUCGGCUGUGCGUGGCCCCAGCGUGAUCUCUGUGACUUCAAAAUGCCUGUUGAUGAAAGCAGAAAUGACAGGCUCCAAAUCGGGUCGUCGCGAGAAACCAAAAGAUGCAUUUGAAGAUACUGAUGGCCUUUAUGAUCCCGAGUGUGAAAAUACUGGUGUUUUCAAGGCGAAGCAGUGCAAUGGAACCACCUGCUGGUGUGUGAAUACAGCUGGUGUUCGAAGAACUGACAAACACGAUGCAGACUUGAAGUGCAAUCAGUUAGUCAGAACGACGUGGAUCAUCAUUGAAAUGAAACAUGCUGAGAGAAAUGCUCCUCUGAACACUCGAUCUUUAGAGAAGUUCUUCAAGGAAACAAUUACCAAGCGUUACAUGCUGGAUGGACGCUAUAUAAGUAGUGUUGUGUAUGAAAAACCUUACAUUACCAUUGACUUGAAGCAAAAUACCUCAGACAAAUCUCCUGGAGGGGUGGAUAUAGCUGAUGUGGCCUACUACUUUGAAAAAGAUGUAAAAGGUGACUCCAUCUUUCAUAAUAGCAAGCUAAAUGUCAGUAUUGAUAAUGAAAUGCUGCAUUUUGAGAAGACUGUGGUCUACUAUGUUGAUGAAAUAGCACCGGAAUUUUCCAUGAAGUCUCUGACUCCUGGCCUCAUUGCUGUCAUUGUAAUAAUAGUAGUGGCAAUAGUUGCUGGAGUUGUUGUUUUGGUCUUCACAAGGAGGAGGAAGGGGAAGUAUGUGAAAGCAGAGGUAAAGGAAAUGAAUGAAAUGCAUAGAGGGCUGAAUGCGUAA